AUGGUCGGGCAUAGCCCGGUGGCAGAAGUAAAAGUGUGUGGCAAAUGGAUUCAGUGCCUGGUAGACACGGGCUCACAGGUAACGAUGUUCGCAGAAAGCCUCUCCAAGGAGAUAUUCGGACAGGGAGGAACAAAAGGAGCGGAGGCCCCCUGGCUGACGUUGAAGGGCGCUAAUGGCCUAGAAAUCCCCUACAUUGGCUAUCGCCUGACGGAUCUUGAGGUGCAUGGGGUAGUCGUCCCCCAAAAAGGUGUGAUCAUUGUCGAAGAUAGGUGUUUGGGCGCCCUUCGAGCCUUAUUGGGCAUGAAUGUCCUCUCCGAAUGCUGGGAGGAGAUCUUCCAGGCGAGGCCUGGUCCGAGGAUCUCACCUACUGAGAGACCCAAGUGGGAGCGUGUAAUGGCCGACUGCCGUCGGGUCCAACUGAACCAGGUUCGUAGAGAUCGGGAGGAAGUGGGAAGAGUAAUGUGUCGUUUUGCUUUGUCUAUUCCCCCUAGGAGUGAGGCUAUCGUAUGGGCAAGAGUGCCCCUUCGGGAAGCGAACCCAGAGGAGUGGGUGUUGGUAGAGUCACAUACAGAUUGUCCACAAGUGGAGGUAGCACGGGGACUAGCAGCGGUCCACCGGGGGAGAAUCCCGGUAAGAGUACGAAACGAGCACCCUUAUGCAGUACAGUUAUACCGGCAUCAACGACUGGCUCGGCUGACGAUGGUCACACCUCACCAGGUGAGGGAAGAGAGGGACGUCAGUUUUCGUCAGGUGUGCCCCACUGUGAUCGAGGUGGCCCUGACCCAAAUGGAUGCCCCAGUGAGUAACCAGGGGAGAGGUGUGCCAAAGCACCUAGCGGGUGAGUCGCUGCAAGGGGACGACCUGGGACAGGUACAGGCACAGAAACUGCAGGCACUCCUUCGGAAGUGGCAACAUGUGUUUGCGAGGCACGACGAGGACUACGGGUGCACCAGGGUGGUGGAACACCACAUCCCCACUGGGGAUGCAGGGCCAAGUAGGGAGAGAUACCGACCGAUCCCACCUACCUUGUAUGCGGAAGUACGUACACUCCUGCAGGGCAUGUUGAGCCGGGGCAUUGUCCGAGAAAGUAGUAGUCCCUGGGCGGCCCCCAUCGUGCUCGUACAAAAGAAGACAGGAGCUUGGAGGUUCUGUGUGGACUAUCGCAAGCUGAACCUGGUAACUAAGAAAGACGCCUUCCCCUUACCACGAAUCGAAGACUCCCUCGCUAGCCUUACGCAGUCGGCCUGGUAUUCCACCUUAGAUCUGGCCAGUGGAUAUUGGCAGGUGCAAGUAGCCGAGGCAGACCGGGAGAAGACCGCCUUCACGACCCCGUUCGGACUAUUUGAAUGGGACCGGAUGCCUUUCGGGCUCUGCAACGCUCCGGCCACCUUCCAACGCUUGAUGCAACGCUGUCUUGGAGGUCAGUUGAUGGAGUCAGUGUUGGUAUAUUUGGACGAUGUGAUUGUGUAUUCCCCAGAUUUCGACUCCCACCUCCGGCACCUGUUGUGGAUUUUUGUAGUGAUUAUAAAAAAUAAUUUUCAGCAGAGGGUUCCAUUGCCAAAAGAUGACUUUAUUGCAUACAACAAUAAGGCCGAGUUGGUGGCCAAGCAACUAAAGAGUCUUUUUUCAGAAUGCAACCUAAUAUACAGUUCUCUAAAAGUUGAAACCCCUCCCAUGUAG